AUGUCGAUACACCCGUCGCGGCAGGCCUAUGUCGAGGAGGAGCCAGAGGUACGUCUCCCUGUAUCUGACAGCCAUCUGCGCAUGUUCACAAGUCAUCCCAGCUCCCGCCCACCACUAACACAGACCUCAAACCAGGACUCCGAAAUGACCUAUGACCUCAACAAUAUCCCUCUCGAUACCGACUACUACAUGCCCUCAGCUACUGGCGGUAAUGAGAAAGCCGCCGACGUUAUUGCCCAGUUCAAUCGAAAGCGCAAAGCCAACGCCAUUGCUGUUCCCACCGACGAUGUCAGAGUCCGCGCAAGGUUGCGAGAAAUUGGAGAACCCAUCACUCUGUUUGGAGAGCGCCCAGAAGAUCGCAGAGACCGUUUACGAGAACUACUCUACACACAACAAGAAGCCAAUGGAGAAGAUGUCGCCAUGGACGUGGAUCAGGACGAGGAAGACGAGGAAGAGCAGGAGUUUUAUACAGAAGGUGUCGAUGAGUUGCUCGAGGCACGUAAGGAAAUUGCCCGUUUUUCUCUUCCCAGGACACAACAGCGCGUGCACUUCCAACGACUCGAAUCUGCCAUUCCUCUACAACGACACGUCGAUCACCGUAACUACGUCAAGGACAAGUUAUCAGGCUUCGAGCUGUUUGGUUCACAGAUUGCUGGAGAGCGUCCUGUCAGCAUGGCUCGCUUCUCGCCUAAUGGGAAAACGGUCGCUGCUGGAAAUUGGGGAGGUUCAAUAAAGCUGCUGGAUGUGCCUAAUCUGGAAGAAAAGGCCGUUCUUCGCGGUCAUACUGCCCAGGUCAGUGGCAUUUCAUGGUUCCCUGGCUCUACUCUGGACGGCACCACCGUAUCAGAAGGUAGCUUGAACAUGGCUUCUGGUGGCGGAGAAGGCAAUAUCCAUCUCUGGUCGUUGAACCAAGACACACCUAUCUCGACACUGUCCGGCCACACUGGCAGAGUAUGCCGUACCGAGUUCCAUCCCUCAGGCAAAUAUCUCGCUUCUGCCUCAUACGACACCACAUGGAGACUUUGGGACGUCGAAACUACCACAGAAUUACUUCUCCAAGAAGGACACUCGCACGAGGCCUAUACAGUUGCUUUCAACGCGGACGGUUCUCUCCUCGCGAGUGCUGGUCUCGACAGCAUUGCCUGUCUAUGGGAUCUGCGCAGCGGUCGUCGCGUUCUCUAUCUCGAAAGCCACAUUGCUCCAAUUUAUGGUCUGGAUUGGAGUCCCGAUGGUUACCGCGUCAUGACUGGUUCGGGCGACGGUUUCGCGAAAUGCUGGGACAUUCGUGCAAUGAAGGAAACUGCUUCAAUAGGUGCUCACAAGGGCGGCGUGACUGAUCUCCGCUGGUUCAAGGGUACGGAUAGUCCCUUGAGCGGCAAGUCUCUCGAAAAGCACGGCGACACACAAGACUUCAUCCCCAAGAAAAGUGGCACAUUCUUCGUCAGUGCAGGCUUCGACAGGAAUGUCAAGAUCUUCUCGGCCGAUGACUGGGCAUUGUGCAAGAGUCUGAGCGGUCAUUCUGGUCAUGUGCUUUCUACCGAUGUCACUAGCGAUGCCAAGUGGAUUGUCAGUUCGAGUUACGAUCGCACAGUCAAGCUAUGGGCAAGAGACGAUAUGCAGGGACUGUACGACGAUGAUACUUUAAGUGGCAUGGAUACGAGUACGUAG